UAGCAACACAACACAUACGAUUUGGGAGAAAGAGAAAGAGAGGAAUAGAUGGACUGCAUUCAUUUAUCAGUACAUUCUAUUGAGAGUUGUAUCUACCCACAAUAGUCUCGUGUGCGUUUUGUUCUGUUAUCUUGUCGCAUAUUGGUUUCUGCAGAGUGAAGGAGUCUCGGGGGCCAGGGAAAGCAGUGUACAGCAGCAGCCAGCUGCGCGUGGAGGGCACAGCAGACAGAACGGAGCAGAACCGGAGCCUGGGUGGAACGUGCCGCGCGCAUGACAGCUUCAAAGGAACGCAGCGCCGCGCGGCAGCACACAAAUUGAGCCCGCUAAUCUGGCCCCUGCACCGCUCUUGUCAAAAGCAUCUGUGUGAAAUAACCCUCCUCAUGCAGAUCAGCUCCUAAACUAGGGCAGGCUUUUAUCCCUCAUCUGUUCCGCGGCGCCGCCGACCGGAGCCUCAUAGUCAGCAGUGGAUAGUGCAGGAAUGAAGUGGACCGCAUAGCAAGAGAUCAGGCGAUAGGCUACUGCACCUUGGCUUUCUCCUUUUCACUCAAAACGUGACACAGUCUGGAAUUAACUAACCAGACGUUUUAAUUAUUUUUUACUAUUUCAUCAAUACUGAGGAUAACACCUAGUUUGCACUUCCUGAACGAUUGGAGACCGCAAAGGAGAUCUUUUUUUCCCAGACAAAUUUAUUUGGAUGACCGGCUUUCCAAGUGGCUUUUCUAUUGGAUUCUCUACUACUUGGACUUUAAUCUCAGAAUCUCUGAUUGUUAUCCGUCGUUGCAUGUAGAGGGUAACGGUAAAAAAAAAAUAACAGAAGAAAAUCCGAAGAAUCGAAGUUCAGUUCUGUAAGUACGUUACAUAUGAGUUGACUAUGUAUAGUUCCCCGCCACUCCUGCUAGAACCGUAGCCAGCCCCUGUCGUCGAGAAGUUGUUAAGCUUCUCUCUACCUCUGUGCGCGAACACUUAGAGCUAACACCCCUUUCUAUGUAGUAGAUCGCCUGGAAAGAUACAAAAAAAUAGAGCGUUCUCCUUCACCCCCGCCUCGUACCAACAGGCGGUUCUGGUCUAAAGGUUCUCCAGAGAAUGGUAAAUGGCCGAUGGGGAAUCAUGAACAGCACUUUGGAACUCGAAGAUGGACCACGGCAUAAAAACCAGACAUUCUGUGAGUGUGUACCCAGCUCCUCCCAGAUCAAACACCGCUGGUCGGACUCAGACACAGUCAGAGAGACCCCCUCACCCACCAAGAGGAUGAGCUGCAGCUACCUUCUGUGCACCAUCCUCCUGUUCGUAGCCGUCCUACUCGCUGUCACGGUAACCGGCACCAUCCUCUUCAUGAACCACAACCAGGCCCCGCCCAUGUCCGACGGCCCACCCCACAUCUCCACCAACCAGGACGAGGCCAACGCCCUGGUCACUGUGGAGAGGGGCGACGGCUCGCGCAUCAACAUAUUUAUUGACCCCAACUGUCCUGACUACAAUGGAAACUUCCUGCGCCUGGAGGGGGUGCAGACGUCGCUGCUCCACUCGCUGAACGACCACGACACCGACCUGAAGUCCGUCAAAGGUCAGGACCGGGCACUGCUGGUGAAUCUAGCUGAAGAGGUGGCCAAACUGUCGGCCCAUGCUGGUCAGCUGAAAAUGGACUACGAGUCUUUGAGACGAGGCCAGGGRAGUCUGGGACAGGACCUGAACACACUGCAGACAGAGCAAGGACGCCUCAUACAGCUGCUGUCCGACUGCCAGAUCAACAUGGUGAAGGUGGUGAACUCUGUGAGCGAUGCUCUCAACUCCAUGCAGAAGGAGACGGGAGGACUGAAGGCUCGUGUCAAGGCUGACUUACAGCGGGCACCGGUCAGAGGAGCUCGCCUCAAAGGCUGUGCCAAUGGGAGGGCUAGAUAUAGUAUGAUGGCGCCGGAGAAGAAGUGA